AUGUCAGACCAGAGCGACCCUUCAUAUAAAGUGCGCCUUUACGCCUACGAUCUCUCCAAUGGCUUAGCCAAAACAAUGUCAAUGGCAUGGACAGGGAAAUAUUUUGAAGCCAUUUGGCACACGUCAAUCGUUUUCGAUGAUCAGCUGGAAGUAUUUUUUGGCCAAGGUAUCACGACCUGCCACCCUGGUACGAGCAUUCACGGUCGACCAAUCAAGAUUAUAGAAUUAGGCAAAACUCAGGUUGACUUGGGUACGCUUUUGGAGUACAUCGAUGAGUUGCGUUCAUCGUGGACGGCCGAAGCCUAUCAUCUGCUCGAACGUAAUUGCAAUAACUUCUCAAACGAGUUGGCAGGAUUCUUGACUGGUACGAGCAUACCUCAGGAGAUUCUCGACCUACCGAAAGAUUUUCUUUCCACACCAUUUGGAGCUUCGAUGCGCCCGAUGAUUGAUCAGAUGUUCAGAGGU